CAUGUAUUUGAUCAUGGAUUAUAUAUGGAUGAAUGGGUUAUAGAUUAUUUUAUAAAUGUAGCCAGGGAUUAUAAAUGGUCUUUCCAAGUUGAUAAUUUUGUAAAAAGUUACCAAAUAAAUGUUGAUAAUGUGAAUGACUUGACAGAAAAUAUGAAUAUCCUACAUGAAUAUUACAAACAUCAACUUGAACCUGUCUUGAAUGAUUUUUUAAGUGAGAGUGAAAUGGAAUAUACACAAUUUGCAAAUAUUUGUAGAGAUCCGAUAUAUCAAACUAAAAUUAAAAAUUAUCAAGAUCUUUUAUACCCCAUCAUGGCUAUCUAUGACAUUCAAAUAUUUGAAUUAAUGCUAAGAUCCUCUCACAAACCCUCUGACUUAAUAUCAUUAUUACCAUUGAAGAUAAGGGAAGAUUUAAUUAAUCAAGAACUUUAUCUAGAACAAAUAUUAGAAUUAUCUAAACAUACAUACGAGUUGAGGGAACAAGAGCUAACCCAUAAAUUUGAAUCUGACAUCGAAAAGACUAAGAUGCUUUCCAAAAACGAAUAUCUUAUAUACCAAAAACGUCUCAAGAUCGAACGGAAGAUGCUCGAAAAAGCUCUUGAAUUGUCUAUCAAAGAAAUUGAAUUACGGGAAAUUGAAGAACGCGCCUACUUAACUGGGACAUCGCUUGAAAAGAUUACUAAUAAUGGUAACAUUCCUAAUGUCUCAUCACCUCUACCGGAUUCGGAACAAUUACUCAUAAAUUUUGACGAUGAAAAUGUGCCCAAUACUUCCAAGUCAUAUGCUUUGGAGCAGCAGUCCUUGGAUCGGAAAAAUGCGUCAUCUAAUGAGGAUGAGGAAUUAAAGGGGUCUCAAAAUUCCAAAACGGAUAUCCUAGAUAUCCCCCAGGGCAACGAAUUGAAUCCAUCUUCACACAUAUACGAAACUCGAAACGCUGAGAAACUUAGUCUGCAAGAACUAAAGGCUAGAAAGCUUUACUUGCUCGAUAGGUACGACAAAAUAACGAAAAAACUUCAAAAUCCUUCCAAAACUUACGACGAUCAAGUCAACACGCAAGUUCAAGAAAUCGAAAAUUUUUCACAGACUCAGGAGAGAAAUCUAAGUAAAUUUCAAGAAGAAUUGAACGCUAAAUUGAGGGAAGAAUUGCUGAAAAAAUGUUGAAUCCAUCCCUAAAAAUUGUACUAAAUUUUUACACUUUUAAUAUAAUUACAAGCUUUAUAUUUUAUCAAGUUUUUUCUUAAAAUCGAUAUUUAUUUAUAUUAGUUUUUUUCCCUUCUAAUGUCUUUAAAAUUGGCAUUCUCUCCCUUACAAGGAAAAAUAGUGAUUUAUUGCCCCAUACAUACAUUACCAGUGCAAUAUUUAGAUGGAAGAUAAACUGUUCUACAUCAAGUGCAAUAAGCGUAUAUUAAAUUUUUUAAAGUCAUUCCUAAAUAUAAACUCUAAAAUAUUCAAUAUUUUUAUUUUAGAUACUUUUAUAUUUGUUAAAAAUAAAUUUUUAUAGAUAUUUAACCAUUUUUUUAAAUUCAGAAUAUUAUUAGAUUUGUUUUCAUAUUAUUAAAGUAUUUAUUAGUAAACACACGACACGUUUAUAUGUAUAUCGCAAAUUUUAUGUCCGUCCCAACCUGUUUGUCCUAAUCUAAAUUAUAUUUAUUUUAAAAUAUUUAUAAUAGUGAAACAUAUAUAUUAUUUAAAUUAAAAUUAUUACACCGAAUAAAAAUACUUGACUGAAGAAAAAAAUUAAU